AUGAAUCCCCCUCCGCUUCCGCCGCCGCCUCAAGGGCGUUCUCUUGAUCGGGCCUUAUACCUAGCGCCGACCAAGGCCAGCCGAGCGAAAUCUCAUACUACCGAAGAUCCCAGCCAAAGUCGCAGCAAUAGGGUACCGUCUUUGACUUCGCGAAGAUCGCCCAGUGGACACAAUGUGAAUGACCAACAAUCUCAAGCCGGACCGAAAACGUUUGGCUUGCGCGAUCGAAAAGCUCUCCGCCCCUCAUUGUCUUCAACUGCGAGCCCAAUGGGAAAUUCCAACAAUGACAAACCAUCACCUGUAUCGCUCUCGAAUCGAAGAUCAAGCGGGCUAGAUGCGCUUGCUGCGCCACCAAGACGAGUUUCAAGGAGGAUCGUUCCCUCGGACCUUACAUUCCAGUCGCCAGUAGGGAUGAAAAGAGAUGAGCUGGAUACGGGGGUCACGAAUACCCCGGAGGAUCAAUUGGCGCUUGAGCUGGGUAGCGCCACGGGUGGAAACGAGCGGAAAAGGGACUGGAAUCCGCCGGCCAUGGAUGAGGAUUAUGAGGAGCCUGAUUUGCCCCUGACCCCUACCCAGUUAGGGCUUGAGAAGCUUGCUGGGCGUCCAAGGAGGCUUCUAAGUAGUAGUCCUACGACCCAACGAUUCGGAAGACGACGACCAACCGACCUCCUAGGGCAAAGCCCCUCGAAACUUAGAAAUGUUGACGAUGGAACAGAAACCGGGAGCUCGCUCGAGUCAACCAUCGCAGUCACCCGAGCACUGUUUCCAGAACCCGUGGCUAAAAAGCGAAGAUUGAGGGAGGAGCUUACUGCCGACGCGCAACAACUGAAAAAGCAGAUUGCGGACCUCGAAUCUUGGUCGGUGAGUCUUGACCAGGAUGAUGAUGAUGACGUUGAGCCCGACGUGAGCAAAAUCAUCUCCUUACUGGCAUCCGAAUGCCUUGCCACCACAGAUGCUGCCAUGCGUCCCACCGAUAUACCUGUGUCAUCACUCAUCUCGACACUGCUUCCAUUUUCUUCAACCGCCCCCUUAAAAAUCUCCGCACCACCCUCUCCAUCAAACCCUUUUGCUCUGAGAGGAAAAGCUCAGGAAAAGCCGCAUCUGACGAUAUUUGCUCCUUUAUCCCUUAAGACUCGUUCGGAUAUUGUACCCGACCCGACCUUCGUCUUCCUGGAGAGACAUAGCUUAAUGUUUUCCGCGCCAGUCCCAUUUCCACCCGAACUGUACAGUAUAUCCGUGGUCUACGAGACAAACUUCCAAGAUCAGGCUUUGGUGUCAGUAACAACACCUGACCCAAUACCCCAAUACUUACGGAUUUGGAUCAAUUCGCGAUUAGAGAAUCCUUUGACGAGGUUAGAUGUGUCGGGCCUCUGCUGGGGCAUCAACCGGUACUGGGAGGCAGUCUUAUCGCGCGCCUACGUAUGGUUGCAGCUUGAGAAUCAUCAUACCGCCUUGCUCGAUGGCAAAUCGGGCGUGGACGAUAUACCAUUGCAGAGCGUGACGGAGAACCUCACAGUAACAAACUUGCGCAAGAUUCUCCCCCACCUUCAGCGUACAUCGAUGCUUUUUGAAUCGGAGGAUGCAGCAAUCAAGGUUAUGCUCUCAUGCGAAAUCACCAUCGAUGAAUGGGCUUGCGAACCUCAAAUGACCCCAGGUCUUACCGUCUCGGGCUCCUCAACAAACAAGGGGUCUCUGGGGGAUAAAACAGAACAGGAAUCUAAGGAUCUAUUCAACGCCGUCAUCCAUGAGAACAUAAGUAGCCCGGCAGGAUCGGCAGGUGGUCUUGAUGCCAAUGUGGUUAUCCAGGCCACUAAUCAUGUUCUUGGCGCUCUGUUUGGCGUUGGUGCAAGUCUGUCCUCCAAGAAUGAAGAGCGAUAG